AUGUCUGCUACUGCACACAUACAGAAUAAACGGUCAAAAGGAGAGACAGGUGGAAGUGAAGAAAUAUGUAUAAAGGAUAAUGAUGCAUCGUUGAAGAAUCUCUACAGCGAUCUUAGGAACUCAUGUUACAGAACGCGUAAUCAUAAGAAUACAACACGCCCACGGCUUAUAAAAAGUCUUAAAUAUGGUAGUGAAGAACUUAAAGAUGAGGGUGGGUCUUUACUCAUCAGUAAACAUACUGGGAUAAGAGUGGUAUCCGUAUACUACAGUGAAACUUAUGACAAUAACCCACAAGUAAUAAAUAAGCCUCUCUUACUCAGACUUGUAAUCAGAGACAAUGGAACCCAUCAGUGGUAUGAGAACACUGGGGAAAAAUCUAAUACUAAAUGGAAGAAGAUACAAAAGCAUCCGUUUUAUCAGGGAAAUAAAGCAACAGAUGCACUUAAAAAGAAACUCAAUGAGCUCACAUGUAGAUUCUAUAAUCGUCAUUUCCUCGAUAUUUACGAGGCAGGGUCCUAUAAAUGUGCAUGCAAUAAUACCGUUAAUGUUUCUAAAGAAGAUAUUCGUGGUGUUGCUGGAUACACUAAAUACACACAUUCGUACGAAGCUAAGCCCAACUCCGUUAGGUAUGACAAUACUGUUCUUAUAUUAAAAGAUGAUAACAUACCCAUUCCACUCGAUGAUGAGAUCAUUAAAAAUCUCACAAUACAUUACUGGGAUGAAGAUACGAAACAUAGAAAGAAACCCCUGCUUAUGGAAGUUGCUGUAGGGUUCUUUGGUAACGGUCUAGUACCUCUUGCUAAUGAUGGAGAGGAAAACAACAAGAACUGGAGUAUGAUAAAAUCUGCAGAUGGUGGUUAUUUGUCAAAACUUUCUCAAACUGAACUUCCACUCAUACUUCAAGGACAAAAAUGUAAACUUUUCAGACCAGCAAAGAUAGAUGUCUCAGCCUGUGACACUAGAGAGUAUGAAAACGUGGAAUGUAAAAAUAAAAAAUGUAGGAAAGAUUGCCCUAAGAAUAUAAAGGUUGAUAAAUACCAUUUAGAAACUUUAAAAAACUAUACCGCUAAAGCGCACACCUAUACUAAUGGAGGAGAUAAUAAGACUUUUACCGUAACUGGUUUCACCGAUGGCCCUUCCAAGACUAACAUUCCGGCAGAACUUCCAAUAUGGGAUGUUACGGGGGUAAUAGUCUUCUUUCUGCAAUGUCCGAAAGAUCCUAAUGAUAAGGCUGGCAAAACACCUCUCCUGAUCUAUGUUAAGAGUAAGAGUGGAACUCAAGAGACUCACAAGUGGUACAAGAAUGAGGGUGGAAAUAGCUGGACAGUGGAAGGUAGACUAGGAAGCAAUGAUCCACAGACAGCUUCUAGAAAUGGUCUUGAGGAUAUCCUGGAUAAGAUUAAGAGUACGUUGGGACUUAGUUGUCCAGGCGAUAUCAAGAUUGUGGAAAAGCAACAAGAAGAGGCUAAAACACUAACCCAACAAAUACAAAAAAGUCAACCUGAAUCUCUUACUACACCUGUAGGAUCCUCUCAAGGUAGUACAGGCUCUGCAUCUCAGCAUGAAGGUGUCUCUAAAACUUCAGGCUCAGGUAUAGCUGAAUUAGUAGGCCAUAUUGAUGAACUAUUGAAAACAGUUAGUCCUCUUAUAAAGCUUGGAUCAGAUGGAUCGGCUCUAGUUGGACUGAUCGCUUCAAAUGCGGCUCUUCGCCUGGCUAAUACUGCUCUUGCUAGUGAAUCUGCUCAUGCCGUUGUUGCAAAGAGUGAUAAAGGAGAAAUUAGUACUAGUGAUGCUGGUGAUAGUGUUGGUAAAAAUGAUGAAGGUGGACAUCUUGAUGCUAGAACUGACUCUCAUGAACAAACACAAGAUAAUGUUGUUCAACCUUCUGUUGACUCACCUAACAAAUCUCCUUUAGAUGCUCCUCAAGAACGUCCUAACUCAUCUGAACAAGCUAAUACUAAAGGUGAUGUUGGUAAACCCAGAGUUGGUGAAGAUCAUGCUUCUACUCCUGCUGCUAUAUCCUUAGAUUCUGACUCUUCUGGUUCUGGCAAGUCUAAUCCUGAUCUAAAGAUUGUAGUUGGAGUACCUACGGGCAUUCUUGUUACUUCCGCCUUGGCUUGUUUUGCUGGAUGGAAACUUUAUAACCGCUUUAAAGGAGACCCUUGGGUUAGACAGAUUUAG